UACUCUCAUCAUUUCUUUAAAAUCAACUAUAGAUGAGGAACGCAUCUUCUAACCGAUGUCUCUUCCCUGAGGAGGUACACCGUUUUUGAACCCGUCUGUCGCGUUGGAUUGAUAUUGACGUCCACCCGCGUCGUCGCGCGGUUGCUUUCAAACACACUCCAGUUCGCUAGAUUUUUGAAUCUCGGCCUUCGCGCGUCGAAAACCGGAAACUGAAAGAUGAAUUCUAAUGAUGUGGAUGAUCCGGAUCUCAAAGCUGCGAUUGCGGCUUCGUUAAGAGAAUGCCAAGGCUCACAAAGCAAUGACGGUCAAGCUUCCAGUGGUGGACAUCAGCGGGACGUUGUCGAUUUAACCGGCGACUCGGACGAUGAUGAGGUGGUACAGGUUUUCCCGAAAUCAAAUUCUGUAGUUGGCUCUGGGACGGAUGGAGAAGAAGAUGAUGAUGAAGAGCAGUUAAGAAAAGCCAUUCAAUUAUCCAUGCAGGGCGCUACAGAGCAUGAGAAACGGGAACAGAGCCCCACGGCUUCUUCGACGAAAGCAAAAGAGGCUUCCGCGGAUGUCCAGGAGCCUCCGAGACCGAUGGGACUUCUAGUUCUGGAUCGAAAGCAGAUGGAGCAGGAACGCCUAGCGCGCGCCGCGAAGAGGAAGGCUGAAGCGAAUGUCUCAUCAUCAUUGAGCUAUCGUGAGUCCAAGAUUCCAAAGACGCUUGCUGCUCCAGAAGCCAGGCCAUCGUCCUCGGCUGUAGAAAACGUCAGUGUCUGCAAGGCCACUUUAUCUGGACAGACAUCCUCUCUGCAUAAUGCGGCUCCUGCAGAAAAUCAACCUCAGGCGGGGAUACCAUCGAUAGAGCCGGGCGUUCAGUUCCCGAAUGGAGUGGUGAAGAAGACAUGGGCCUUUCUUAACCGACGCAUUGGCGAUGAUAUCAAAAUCGAGGAGGUGCUUCAGAAGAAAGAUCUAGAGCUCGCCGUUCUGAGUUCUUUUCAGUGGGAUAUAGAAUGGCUCUUUUCGAAACUGCAUACCCAUACGACCAGGUUCAUUUUAGUUAUGCAGGCCAAAGAAGAUGCUACCAAACGUCAAUACGAAUCAGAGACAGCAUCGAUGAGAAACCUAAGAUUAUGCUUCCCACCCAUGGACGGACAGGUUAACUGUAUGCAUUCGAAACUCAUGCUACUUUUUCAUUCUCAAUAUGUCCGGCUAGUGGUUCCAACUGCCAAUUUGGUUCCAUAUGACUGGGGCGAGCAAGGAGGGUGCAUGGAAAAUAGCGUUUUCUUGAUAGACCUUCCAAAGAAGAAGGUUGAUCAAGCCUCCGGAGGAAGUUCGAAGACUGCUUUCUACGACGACUUGGUUUAUUUCCUAAACGCCAGUACGUUACACGAGAAUAUUAUCGCCAAACUUGAUAAUUAUGACUUCGGCAAGACGGCACAUAUUGCGUUUGUUCAUACCAUAGGCGGGGCCCAUGUAGGGAAUGCAUGGAGAAGAACAGGGUAUUGUGGCCUAGGCAGAGCAGUAAGUUCCCUUGGGCUAAGGACUUCGAAGCCGCUGAAUAUCGACUACGUGACUUCCUCUGUUGGUUCCUUAACCAACGAGUUUCUCAGAUCAAUAUACCUUGCAUCACAGGGAGAUGACGGCUUGACUGAUUUCGUCCUUCGAACCGCCAAGUCAUUUCCGGCAAAGAGUCCGGGGGACCCGAACCGGCUGGUCCAGAAAAGGACAGCGGAAGAAUUCAAGGAAAGGUUCCGCGUAUAUUUCCCAUCAGAGACUGCAGUUAAGAACAGCAGAGGUGGGCCAGGGUCCGCGGGUACGAUUUGCUUUCAGUCAAAAUGGUACGAAGGCACCAAAUUCCCACGCCAGGUGUUACGGGAAUGUAUUAGUCAGAGGCCUAAGAUUCUAAUGCAUAAUAAGAUUUUAUUUGCGAGACUGGACGAGCCUGCGUCGAUGCCGGAUAAAUCGUCAUGUCGAGCUUGGGCAUAUGUUGGAAGCGCGAAUUUAUCGGAGAGUGCCUGGGGUCUUCUCGUACAAGAUCGAACAACCAAAUAUCCCAAGCUGAAGUGCCGCAAUUGGGAAUGCGGUGUCAUAAUACCGGUUGUCGACGGGAACAGGAACAAGAAAAACACAACUGAGCAUGUCAACGAUGGAAACAAAAAUAACUCGGGACUCGAAGGAGUCGACCUCGUCGAUGCUUUUCUAGGGGUAAUUCCCGUGCCGAUGCAGGUUCCUGGUCGAUUAUAUGGGCCUGGACUUAAGCCGUGGUUUUUCCUCGAGGAUGGACAUAAGUAAAACCAAUGAAAACAAGCUCCAAGUGAAGCUAGGCUAAGUGGCUAGCUCUAUUGGAUAAGAUAGGUCGUUGAAUCAAUCAGAUCCUCGCAGUACAAUUGGUCUACCAUCUCCCCGUUCAUGAUGCCACUCACAUACGACGCGCCGAUUAGAGAGUGGAUCUGUCUCUCCUCGCCUUCCACAAGCUGAGGUUUUGCUGCUGCCGAACGCAGUACGAAGGGGACCGGCGACUCGAAUAAGAUGGCAAUAAUAUCUCUACAACUGUCUGGGACACAGGUACCCACGAAUCCACUUUGAGUUGUAAAGAAUUAUUUCCUUGGAGAGACCCUGCUUCAAGGAGAGUGCGUACUCCGAGUUGGUCUUAUUGGCUGUACUCAGAGUCAGAACUCAUAGCACGAUGAUGCUUGAGAAGACCCCGGUACAUUUCUUCGUAGGCUAAGGGGGCAGUAUCAUAACAAGACAUGUAGGAUCUAUUCGAGACGAGCGCCCUCCACAACGGUUUUUCACGUUUGAAUUGUUCGAUUAGAGAAAUAAUCGAGGGCUGGAACUGGCAUGGUCGCUGUUUAGCGUUGGACGCCAUUAAUUCCAGCCCCGGAAGUGUUUCAAGGAACCGGUACCAUGACGACCCGAAUGGAAUGACCUCCGAUCGUAUCUACAAAAAGCCCCUCGACUUAUAGCGUCAUGAUAUCUCCUAGUCACGUUCCGUUGUUGCUGUCUGGGGAAUCUGACGCGAUAAAUCGGGGACCUAUGAUGGAAGACGAGGCUGCUCUACUUCUGAUGGGAGAUCAGGGAUGUGAGGAGCAAUGGCGGAAAUACCUGGGAGGUAUACACCGGAUAGAUAGUAGGGGCCUUGUCCGUGAUGAAAAAUAUGAGACAUUGCAUCUGUGUAAACCGCCACCGCUGGUUUGGAGUAGUCAACUGUAAUUGUGGCGCCUGGGUCUGCGUCGCUAUCAUGGUCCUGAGCCUGAGCAUGUAAAAGACCGAGAAG